GUCGAUAACGCGUGCAGGCGGCUUGCCGGCUUCAUGCUUCAGAGAUAGCCGUGGCGCUCGGCGGUCUACUGGUCCUCGUGCUCGAUGUGACAAUCCCGUGAUAAGACGUGCUCCAUGGUUGAGACUUGUUAACGAAACUUCAAACUUGUAACUUAUAAGCUAGUAAGCCACCACUUUACUGUCAAAAAAGACUAUUUUUCAAGAUGAACUCGAUCAAAAAAAAUAUACAAGACACUUACACAAAGGAAUACCUGGCGCUUAAUAAAAGAAAUGAUGGUAGACAAUUAAUGGACUUUCGAGAUGCAUCUCUAAAUUUGAAUACUAUACACACUGCAGAUGGAUCGGCAGCAGUCAAAAUUGGUAAUACGGCUGUCAUUUGUGGCAUUAAAGCAGAACUAGGUGUUCCUAAAUCUGAAACUCCGGAUAUUGGAUAUCUUUUAGUAAAUGUUGAACUACCAAGCCUAUGCUCUAAAAAAAUUCGACCUGGAAUUCCAUGUGAUGAAGCAAUGCAAAUUACUAGUUUCCUUAACGAAGUGUGUAAUAAUUGCAAAAUACUAGAUUUGCAACAAUUGUGUAUUUCUGUAGAUAAAUUAGUAUGGGUCUUGUCGUGUGAUAUUUAUUGUUUGAACUAUGAUGGGUCUGUUUUAGAUGCAUGUUUAAUAGCCUUGUUGUCAGCAUUACAAACAGUUAAAAUACCAGAAGUAAAAUAUGACAAAGAAACUGAAGAAACAAAUGUCAUUGAGAAUUACAUUCCGUUAAAAAUCAACAGUUUACCAGUAUCAUCAACUUUUGGAGUCUUUAAUGAAAAAUAUAUUUUAGCUGAUCCAACUGAAGAAGAAGAGCAACUAUGUGUUAGUAAAUUGACAGUUGUGACCAAUGGUUCCUUAUUAUUUUCAUUACACAAACCUGGAGGAGAAUUCAUAAAAGAUGGCCAAAUUCAAAAUUGUAUUAGACAAGCUCAAAACAGAACUAAGACAAUUCAUAAAUUAAUAAAAGCUGCACAAUAAAAUGAUUUUUAUAAUAUUAUUAAUAUUUUUAUAUUUUUAAAAAUAUGUAAUUUUAUGCAAUGUGCCAGUGCA